AUGGGGAAGAAGCGCGUUCUCGUCAGCUACGGCGUCGACAUUGACGCUGUGGCCGGGUGGCUCGGUUCGUAUGGCGGGGAAGACUCGACGAGCGAUAUCAGCAGAGGUCUUUGGGCUGGAACAAUAGGAACGCAACGGCUGCUCAAGCUCUUCGACAAAUACAAGAUCAAGGCGACGUGGUUUAUUCCAGGUCACUCGCUCGAGACCUUCCCGGAAGACUGCGCCGCCGUACGCGAUGCCGGCCAUGAGAUCGGCCUGCACGGCUACUCUCACGAGAACCCCGUCGACAUGACCUUCGAACAGCAACGCGACGUGCUCGACAAGACAUACAAGAUGCUUACCAAAUUCGCGGGCAAGCCGCCGCGGGGCAGCGUCGCACCCUGGUGGGAGACUUCCAAGGAAGGCUGCGACCUGCUCCUCAGCUACGGCAUCGAGUACGACCACAGCAUGUCGCACGAGGACCACCGAUGCUAUUGGCUGCGCACAGGUGACCAAUGGACAAAGAUAGACUACAGCAAAAAGGCCGAGGAGUGGAUGAAGCCUCUUGUGAAGGGUGAAGAGACUGGGCUAGUAGAGAUUCCGGGGAGUUGGUACAUUGACGACCUACCGCCGAUGAUGUUCAUGAAGAAGGCUGCGAACAGUCAUGGUUGGGUGAACCCGAGAGACGUGGAGGCGAUCUGGAUGGACCAUUUUGAUUACUUCUAUAGGGAGUAUGAUGAGUUUGUCUUUCCGAUGACGAUCCACCCGGACGUUUCGGGGCGGCCGCAUGUUAUCCUCAUGCACGAGAGGAUUAUCGAACACAUUAACAAACACGAGGGCGUCGAGUGGGUAACGAUGGAGCAAAUGUGCGAUGACUUCAAGGCGAAGAAUAAGCCACCAGCAGGCGCGAAGAUGCCCGCACCACGUGGCGAGAUUUUGAAGAUGCAGGAAGAGGGCAGGGCUUACAAUCCGGGAUUUUAG